AUUUUCCGGCGUACGAGCGCCUGCGGGUCAUAUGUAAUCACAGAUGCCAUAUUGAGUGUCUCGGGACUGUGGCGUGUGUUGUGCCCCUGAAUGCGUGUCAGUGACGAGAUUAAUCACGCAUAUCAAGUGCCAUCCAUCUCUCACCCAAAGAAGGCGUGUCGUUUCCCGGGCAGUAACAUCAUCCAGCGGCUCUUUGUCCCGCUACUGUGUGUGUUGUGUGAGUGUGUGUGUGUAUGUCUGUCAGUACCGGGCUGAGCUGCUCCAGUCAUGGCGGCAGCGCCCGCGAACCCCCGCACCGGGAGCCUGAAAGCGCAGCUGCCGCCCUGUUAUUACGAGGGAUACCUGGAGAAAAGAGGAGCGAAAGAGAAGGUAGCUCGACGUUUAUGGACCUGUUUAUGUGGAAACACGCUCUACUUCUUCAACAGCUCUAAGGACACAAAUUAUGUAGAGAAGUUGGAUCUGAGUGGGUUUGUGUCUCUGAUCGAUGACCCAAGUCGUGAUAGGAAUCUGGAAGCAGCCAGAUUGAACCUCCGCAUGAAGGAUGGAGAAAUCAAACUCACUGCACCAAAUCUCGAGGCACGUGAGCUGUGGAAAGGUUUUCUCUACUCUGUCGUAGAUCUGGCUGUGCCCACCACACUCACCCUCCUGCCCGGGCAGCUGCACAUGCUGAAGGAAGUCGUGGAGAAAGAAAAAAUGCGUCGAAAGGCCCGUGCGUCUUCCAGAGCCCCCUCAUCCCCUCUCUCGCUCCCGCUGGUGGGAGAAAUACCUGCGUGCUUCAGGCCUGUCUCUCGAACUGAAGCGGAGGUGCUGUUAGAAAGACAUCCGGACUGUGGGAACAUGCUUCUCAGACCGGGACGGGACGGAUCUUCACUCGCUGUCACCACACGACAAGACCUGAAUGGAUCGGUGUUCAGGCAUUACAGAGUGACACAGAAGCAGCAGGGUGGUUACAUCAUCGACGUGGAAAACCCAAUUCCCUGUCCCACACUGCAUGAUGUCAUCAAUGCACUCGUGGAGAAAACAGCCGGGACUCUUCAGCCCUUCAUAUUAGAAGAACCUUAUGAGGAGAACAUCACCUUUGUGUCAUCCAACGAUGAGAAUGGAGAGCGAACCUUGCACUGUGCUCCCACUGGGCCUCUCUCUCGAGCUCCAUCACUGCCCCCUAAACAAGUAGGUACAGACAAAUGGUCCCUGCGGUCACAGACGAGAUCUCCUAGUUCCUCACCAAGAUCCUUUUCCCCGUCUGGCUCUCCGUCCAACUCCAUGAGAAGACUGGUUCUGUCUCCCUCACCUCUCUCUCAGAGCCUCACAGACGAGCUCAAACAGAAGCUGGAGAAGAGACGGACCAGUCAAGAGUGAUUUCCUCCUCGUUCCUGCCCACCCUUCGCCGUCUCAUUCUUCCAGUGCCUUCCAAUAAAGACUGAUGUCCUGUUGAAGGAACAAGGACUCCCUGUAAUCGACACUCUUCCCUCAGUGUGACUUAAACAAUGACACUUUAUUUGACUUUAUUAAUAACACGAGAGCCGAGGUCCACCAGCUCGUCCUGCCUCAUGAUAAGGCCGUCACACAAUGUUGUGAGCUCCUUUGAGAUUAUAGAAAAUUAAAAAGGAAAAAUCUGAGCCAAUAUUCUUUAUUUCUCUCUCUCUCAAGACAUUUACACUCAGGUUUCUACUAACAAAACCAUGAGUCGAGAAUAUAUUUCCACACAUUUAAGAAAGAAGCACAUCAAACUGGUCUUACAAUGAAGGACUUAAUACAUAUCUGGUUUCAAUCAAGCACUAACUGUGAACUGGAGAGAACUGAUGUAUAUGCUCAGAUGAAUGUGAAUAUGGUGUUGUUAGGGGCAGGGUCCAAAAUUAACACUCCCCAUCACCAAAUGCGCAUAUAAAUUGGGCAAAUGUGCAUUUAUGCAUUCGGCAGAUGCUUUUAUCCAAAGCAACUUCAUGACAUUAGCAUUGCUUUAAGUUUAGCUUCAGUAAUGCAAAUAAAAACAGUAAAUUUAUUAGGAACAUGAACAUAUUACAGUAUAUGAUUUAAAUUGAAUUGUAAGACUGAUCCACACCGGCUUAAGGGCAUGCUGUAUUUAAAAAUAAACCAUGUCACGAUUGGAACAACAAAUAUAAUGCAAAUAAUGCAGUUUCAUGGCUAAUAAGAAAUAUAUGGCCUUUGAGAGGUGUGGCAAAAGUUAAUUUUUGACCCUGCUUCCGUGUGUCUCAAUAUAUCUGUAAUGUUUUGAAAUUUGAAUGAUGCUUUUGGACACAUUUCCAGGAGAAACGCCCAAGUUUAUGAAGCAGGUUUUGCUUUAAAUGGUUUUUGGAUAUAAAGGACAGUUAAUCCUUCUAGAGGUGAGUAUCUCAGAUUUGUAAGCGUUUAGGGAUAGGUUGUGAAAUGGUUCCAUUUGUGUUCCUGAUUAACCAACUGUCAUUAUCGGUUUUAUGAACAUGCAUGGUGCUACUGUGACUUUGUAGAUAUCUGUUUUCAUGUGAUGUUAAAAUCAUUUCUUGUUAUUUAUAACUGUGCUAUUUAUGCUAAUUAAAGGGAAGGUUUUAUAUAAUUCA